AUGUCCGUCUCCCACCACUACUGUGUCCUCAUCGAGGACGAGGGGAUCGCCCUCUGUGGGCUCCUCAUUAUCGACCCUAUAGGGUACCCUCAGCAAAUUACGAUCAACGACCUCCCCGUGGGCCGCUCUGUCGAGGGGACGAUCCGGGCAUUCCAGUUCUCC